AUGACGGACCUAUGGGAAUUGAUUGAUGUAACUCAAAUCCAGUCAGCUGGCAUUCGGGUUCUCAGCCAGGUCCGGCUAAGAGAGCUACUCCUCAGCAACCGUUUUUAUGUUUUCACGAACGAUCAAGAAUGGAGAACUUGGCGCAAUGACAACUAUUUCCGACAGCUGGAAGAGGACGGCCAUCUUAGAAGACCCGUUGUCUAUCGAGACGAUGACCCCGUAACGCACUGCAUUGCGCUGGAUCGUCACGACCGACUGCAGUUUAUGCUGGAGGGCGGGCUACCGCCUGAAUGCUGGACAAAGUGUGGUUGGAGUCCCCUCGCUGUGGCGGUUCAUUACAGAGCAGACAGGUGCUUCGAUUUGCUUUGCGCUGCACAGCCUGACGAAGACGUUCUACGACAGGAUACCGGAAUUCGGGCUAGCGCUCCUAACUGGUUGAUGACCUUUACCGGGGACAAGACGUAUGAAUAUGGGUAUGAAAGGCUGCUCGAUCAUUUUGACCACUAUAACCAGACUCAACAGCAUAGAAUACUGCUUCCAAAUAUCACUCCAGAUGCCACCUACAAAGUGGUCAGGACAUUUCCGGUUCCUUUAAUCGAGCGUGCGGCUCGUAUGGGACUGAGGCUGGCUUUAGCCGCACAUCGGACCUCACAAGAAGGAGCAUGGCACGUUGCACCACUCCGCGAUGAUGCAAUGGACCUGAUACACGUACUGUGUCGUGAGUGCGCUGCCAGCCUCAAUAGUUACGACUCCGAAGGUCGCACCCCGUUAUUCCCGGCUGUAGAGUCUGGGAAGCCAGAUGUCGCGAAACUCUACAUUGAGCGUGGCGUCGAUGUGGGUCAUAUCGCUGGGAUCGCAGAAACAGCUCUCCACCUCGCCUGUAGACAAAGGCCAGUGAAUCUGGAUAUUCUGCAGGAGCUCCUUCGUCAUAUCGAUGUCAAUAUCGGUGCUGGGAGCGCGCAGGGAACACCGUUGCACACACUACUGGCGAGUACAUGGGGCCACAUAUAUAACGAGAAUCCGCCCGCCCCAGCACGUAACCCAGAUGGUACUGCCCAGAAUCAGCAACGGUGGCGCCCUCGUCCACUGUCAGCCGAGGAGCAAAUGAUCAUGGACGUCGCCUGCGAAGCUUGCAAUAGGAUGCUGGAUCGGUAUCCUGAACGGCAGGCUGUUAACGCCAAUGGAAAAGCUGCAUUGAAAUUAGCUCGGGAACUUCAUCUCAAACGGCUAGUUAAUAGAAUUCUAGGAGCUCCUUCUCAGACAGGGCGAUGGGAGAGACGGCUAAGACCUCGGAGGAGAACCUGA